AUGGAGAUAAAUGAGAAGAUGGAAGUUGUCACUAAAGAGGUACUUCUCCAGCUACCACCAGUGUUGCCCAAGUUCCCCAGCUGCCCAGUGCACAUCAAGAGGCUCUUGAUCGUUGUGGUGAUCGUCGUUCUCAUCGUGGUGAUCAUCGUGGGCGCCCUUCUGAUGGGGCUGUUCAUAACUCAGACACACACUGAGACGGUCUUGCAAAUGACCAUUGAAGGGCUGGAGGGGAGACAGUCGCAACUGAAUCUGCCCAUGGAUCAGGAAGAAGUGGCCACUUUCCAUGUGAAUGAUGGAAUCAAUGACCCAGCCACAGUCAUUUAUUACUUUGGCAAGCUACUGAUUGGUUACAAAUCCUGGAACAGAAAGGCCUGCUUCAUCACCAGAAUGGACGAGGGAAACAUCCAAGGUCUAGAUACUAUCCUUAAAAAAUUCCAGCCCCACAUUCAAGCAGAGGACCAGCCAGUACGCUUCAGUGCAGUUAUGUGA